CGUCUCUCGAGGACCUGGUCGGGGUGGUUUCCGCGCUUGCCUGUGACACAGCACCAACCCUUCUCCGCGAAGGACCCCGUUUGUCUCGGGCGCUGCCUGUAAAAACAACAACCCCAGCCAGGCAACCUGCUUCUCCUUCCCGGACUCCCAGGUCGUCUGCGGAGGGUGAUCUGGUCGCUUUCCAGGGGCUUCGCUGGUCGGCGGUCAGGGUGCCCAGGGGAGAGGCCAUGGACCAGUGCGUGACGGUGGAGCGCGAGCUGGAGAAGGUGCUGCAGAAGUUCUCGGGUUACGGGCAGCUGUGCGAGCGGAGCCUGGAGGAGCUGAUCCAGUACGUGGCGGGACUGCGCCGGGAGAUCCUCCAGAGCGAGAAUCAAGAUGGCGACUUAUCAGGGACAAUAUCACUUGUUAUGACACAGUGUUGUAAACGAAUAAAGGACACUGUUCAAAAAUUGGCCUCGGAUCAUAAGGACAUUCACAGCAGUGUUUCUCGUGUUGGAAAAGCUAUUGACAAGAAUUUUGACUCUGACAUCAGCAGCGUGGGAAUCGAUGGAUGCUGGCAGGCUGAUAGCCAGCGAAUUUUGAAUGAGGUGAUGGUAGAACACUUUUUCCGGCAAGGGAUGCUGGAUGUGGCUGAAGAGCUUUGUCAGGAGUCUGGACUUUCUAUAGACCAAAGUCAAAAGCAACCGUUUGUGGAGCUCAACCGAAUACUGGAAGCACUUAAAGUCAGAGUUUUGAGGCCUGCAUUAGAGUGGGCUGUAUCGAAUAGAGAAAUGCUUAUGGCACAGAAUAGCUCCUUAGAAUUUAAGCUACACAGACUAUAUUUUAUUAGUUUAUUAAUGGGCGGAACUGCAAAUCAGAGAGAAGCAUUGCAGUAUGCUAAAAACUUUCAACCCUUUGCUCUUAACCAUCAGAAAGAUAUUCAAGUUUUGAUGGGAAGCCUAGUGUACCUGAGGCAGGGAAUUGAAAAUUCUCCAUAUGUACAUUUAUUGGAUGCAAAUCAGUGGGCAGACAUCUGUGACAUCUUCACAAGAGAUGCUUGUGCUCUCCUGGGCCUCUCUGUAGAAUCACCUCUAAGUGUUAGCUUUUCAGCAGGUUGUGUAGCAUUGCCUGCUCUAAUUAACAUAAAAGCUGUGAUUGAACAGAGACAGUGCACUGGUGUUUGGAAUCAGAAAGAUGAAUUACCGAUUGAAGUGGACCUUGGCAAAAAGUGCUGGUAUCAUUCAAUAUUUGCCUGCCCCAUCCUUCGUCAGCAAACAACAGAUAAUAAUCCACCUAUGAAGUUGGUUUGUGGUCAUAUUAUAUCAAGAGAUGCUCUAAAUAAAAUGUUUAAUGGCAGCAAAUUAAAAUGUCCCUAUUGUCCCAUGGAACAGAGUCCUGGAGAUGCCAAACAGAUAUUCUUCUGAGGACGCAGAUCACUGUGUAGUUUGUGUGUCUGAUUUUGGAAGACUGAAGCAGGCGAACGUUCCAUUUUCUGCUCUGCAAACCAUGGAGGACUCCUGUGUUUUAUAUAAGCCUAAUGCUCCAGAAGUUUUUGCCAACAUUUAGUGCAGACAUACAGAUUGGGAAAGCUACAGAAGUAAUACCUGUUAUAGGGCUUUUACUCUAACCUUGGUCUUCAUAAAUGAUCAAGAUGUUACACCAGCAGUUGUCAUUCAAUGCAGGUUUUUGUACUUAAUUGUUUGGUGACUUCACUUUUUAAAGCAGAUAGCCACCAGUCAUUAUAUAGGUCUAAUAGAUGACCUGCUUUCGUCACCCUGGUUGAUAGAUGUCACCAUAAAGAAUGUGUGGAAAGAGUUUUUUUUCCUUAGCUUGUAAAUAAUUAAGACAGGAGUGGACUUCAGAAGAAGGUUUGAUAAACUGAGUAGUGGUUAUGGACCUACCUGUAUUUCUGUUGCGAUUGUUUCCCCCCAAAGCUGUGAUAUUCUGAGAGCUGUUUUUGUUUUUUUUUCUGUUGAACAUUUUCCAGCUUUUAAACGGAAUUCCAAUUGAAUGUGCAUCUAUAUGAACUGCAUAAAUAUAUAACAGAGUUCAAAACUUUCUGAUUUAGAAGUAUAGCAAUUGAAUUAGGACUCCUAACAUGAGGAUCCUGUUCAGUUGAUUUCAUGACUGAGAGCUCCUUGCAUAGCUAAAAGUAUUCAGUAAAGUGGAGCUCUGUACUAGCAAGACAUUUUUGUCAAUGGAUUCUUGCUCUCCAACUUUUUUUAGUCAUAAUCUAAGCUUUGUAUUCAAGAUCAGUGUCAUGUUGCUGUACAGUUUGCUAGACAUGAUAGUUGCAUUAUUUAUAAAGUUAUCAGAACCAAAUAAACUUGUUGGUAAUGUUUGUUGUUGAGAUGGGGGAAUAUGUUUUCCAGUAAUCUAAAUAAAAAAGGAUUCAAGUUAGGUCUUAUUUUCGGGGAAAAUAUUGGAUUGGUUCUUCACCGUCUCAGAAACGAAUUUGUCUUCUAUAGUUGAAAGUUAUUAUCAUGUUCCUUUUCUACUUGUUAUAUUUGGUGACCAAACCUAUUUAAACUGAAGACACACGGAGCUUGACUGUUAUUUUCUCUUCCUAGAAGACACAAAAAUUAUAGUCUGGGAGAGGAGGUACUUAGAGUCUCCAUAUUUUCUGUAUUUGUGCACUUAUGAUUCUCUGGGGAAUGCUAUGAUAGAUGAAUUGACACAUUAUUUGCUGCAGAUAAUAUCCAGUGACUGUAUGAUUUUAAGCUUCAGUCAAAUAUUUGCAAAUUCCUUCAAUUUCUUGUGCUUUCCUAUACAGUAAUAGAGAAAAGAUGCCACCAGGUGUGUUACAGUGCAAAAAAUAAUGGAUUAGUUUAUGCUGUAUCGAAAAACCACAAGAAGAAACCAUAGUAUGUAUGGUUGGAUACUAAAAUACAGCAGCACAGUGCACUACAGAAGAAUGUUUUCAUGCUUUGGGCCUUGCAUUCUAGAAAAUGGUGAAUACUGUUAAGAUUUUGAACAGAAGAACAGGGUGUAUAGAAAAAUAUACCUAUAUAAUAAUGUAACAAAAUGAGCUAUAUCCAUCCUACACUGUUAAAGAAGUCUGAUACAGUGGACCCUCGACUUACAGACGG